AUGCCACGUAAGCUACGUAAGAAUAUACGUAAGAGGAAGAGAGCAUUGAAACAUCCAAUAGUAAAACUGACACCACAACAACAGUUGCAACAACAAAUAAUGAAUGACCUCACUAUGUUGCAACAAAUGUCAAGCAAUCCUAUGCUUUUAAACCGAGUUUUUGGUGCACAGAGUGGAGGUUUAAGAGCGGCACUUUUAGCGAAAAUGGCAGGCUAUGGUGGAGCUGCAGACGGAACAGCUUAUAACCCUCAAAGUCAAAUGAAUUUGAGUUCACUCAAAAAUCAAAUAUCAGAUGUCAAAAAGUCAAACAUAGACAUACAGAAGCAAAUAAGUGA